CUUAUGUUCAAAUAGCAUUGUUAUAAGAAAAACAAAUCAAUUAAACGAAAAUCAAGAUCGCUUAUUAAUGGUUAUAAUUUUCCAUUCAAAAAUUUUAAUAAUAAAGGAACUAUUAAAUUUUGGCGAUGUGCUAGUAGAAGUUGCGGUGUGCUAUUACACACUAGUCUCAAUGAAAAAAUUUUACGUUAUUACGGAAAAGUUAUCGAUCAUACUCAUUUACCAAAUCCCAAAACGAUCGAAGCCGAGAAUCCCUGAACAACGCAUCACAGAAUUAUAGAAUCGGUUCAACAAUAAUCAAAUUACAAUGCAAGAUUUAUUACGUGGACUUUCUUAUUUUGCUGUGAAUAAAAAGUAAAAUGAAAUUCAAUCCGUUAGAAUAAAGUAAAAGGCGUUUGUAAAAUUAUCACCUAGCACUAUUUUUAUUUUAGUGAAAGAACAUUUUCAUAAUUGAGGACAUUUUUUCGAAGGACUAAAUCAGAAAGGACCAUUUUCCAAGGACAUUUUGUCUUAGGGAAAUUUUGUCUAACGGACGUUUUUUCGAGGACCAAAUCCCGAGGACAUUUCGUAAAGGACAUUCUAGACUGCUACCGAUUAAUCCAACUACUUCACGUAUCACUUCAUCACUACAAAUGGAAUCAAAUUCGUUUGUAAAUUUCAUUCAAAGUACUGCUCUCAAAGAAUCACAAAAAUUUACAGGAGAUCCUCAACAAAAGUUACCCAAUUUAUUGAUGGAGUCGAACGCAUCGGAACAUUCACUGAACUGAAUGAAUCGCUACUUCAUUCAAUUUCUAGAAUUAAGUUAGGAGGAGCAGCCUUUAAUUAGUACGAUAACAACAAAGAAACAUUACGAUCUUGGAGAGAAUUAAAACAGCAUCUACUGGAACGCUUCAAACCAUCCCUUUCUACUGCCAAAACACAACUGAAAGAACGUAAACAACAAGCUGGUGAAACACUGAUCGCUUAUUAUGAUGACAUCAUCGAUUUAUGUAAACAGGUUGAUAAUAAUGUGCCGCUACAUAUGAUAGCUGAUUAUUUACAAGAUGGUCUUCGUCAAGAAUUAAAAAUACAUGCCAAACGCCAAGUUAAAGCACUCAAUGACGAACCGACUCCGGCUAUUUUUUUGAAAAUUUCCCGUGACGAGGAAGAACUACAACACGGAAUCUCUUCUGAACAACAACCAUCUAUCACUCCUCCACAACCGUAUUGUGUGUGUUGGUGUGGGUGUCUUCCUAUAAAGCUACACCCACACCCAAAAUUAUAG